GUACUACUUUCUAAUCGUACUCCCCUAUACUCCCACAUUCUCUCUCUCUCUCUAUUUCUCUGAAUAACCAUUUCUCUUCUCUGUGUAUCCAUCUGUUUUGGUCUCAGUAAGUCAGAUUCAAAAUCAUCACAUGAGACAUGAGCAACGAAAUCGAACCUUCAUCAUCUUCAUCACCCAAACAACAAUUUCUUCAUGUAAGAAGAGAACCAUUUGAAUAUGGUCUUCUUCCAAUACCAAAACUCAUCUUCUCUGAUGGAAUUGUAACCCUAACUGAUCUUAAACAUAAACUUCUUCUCAAAGCUGCUGCUGCUUCUUCUAAUCGAAUCAAUGCUGCUGAUAUCUCUGAAAUCCUUCAAAUCUCGAUUGAUAAUGCUCAUAUUGUUCUUGAAACAUUAGCUUCCAUUCUCCCUUUUGAUUCUGAUCCAAUUGUUAAUGCUAACCCUAAUGAGAUUGAUUCUGUUGGUGUUAAUGUUUAUGAUUUGAUUUUGUUUCUUUAUAUUCAAUCUUAUAAGAGACUUUUGCCAAGAACUCAUAAAGAUUCAGCUGUUGUUUCUGAUGUUUGGCCUUCAACUUCUGCAUUUGAUGGAUGUCUUUCUGCUAUGUCUCCCUUACAACUUGUAAGGAGCAAUAGCCGCCGAUUUGUGCCAUCACAAGUUGAUGAAGAGAUGCAUCAGUUAUCCUACUUACAGAAGCACUUUGCUAAUAUACUGUCUCUCUUGGCCGAUUCCGUGGAAGGGAAUGAAAAUGAUGACGAAGCUAUGGUUUUGUCGUUAGACAGGUUUGAGCACCUUGGGUUCCUAAUUCAGUUUCGUGAAAAUGGUUCUGAGGGAAUUCCAUUGAGCCAAGCUGCUCCCUUUUUUGCAAAUUCUGAUCCGGAGAUGCCAGCUGCUCCAGUUCCUGCAGCACAAGUGCAUGAUUGGAUUCUGCAGAAUAUACUGGCUGCGUUAGAACACUCUGGUGAAAAAGUUUCCUCCAAGGAAACUAGCCCAGCCAAUGCCACUGAUCAAGAUGUUGCUAUGGCUGAUGCUUCUGGAAGUCCAUCAAAGGGUUCAAAUGGUGCAAGAAAUAUUAAUUUUGUGGAGGCAGUCUCGAAAACUUCAGUUGUAAAGCAACCAUCUGAUCUUAAGGGCUCUUCUAUAAAGGUUCUGAACUGCCAUGACUCGGUAAUUUACAUACUAGCACCUUUACAAUAUGCAACAGUUUAUGGAUGUUCUGAUGCAACUGUUAUUCUUGGAGCAAUUGGCAAGGCUGUAAGAGUUGAGCACUGUGAAAGAGUGCAAGUUAUUACAGCAGCAAAACGGAUUUGCAUUGCCAACUGCCGUGAGUGUGUGUUCUUCUUGGGGGUAAACCAGCGACCAGUUUUUCUUGGUGAUAACCAUAAAUUGCAGGUGGCACCAUACAAUACAUUUUAUCCACAGUUGGGGAUGCACAUGACUCAAGCUGGUAUUGAUGCAAAUAUUAACAAAUGGGAUGAACAUCUGGUGCUGGGAAUGGUGGAUCCGCAUGAUUCACUAUCUCAUCCCGCAGGUGUUUCUGAUGUCCAAGCUGAUUCUGCUGUGUGCCUUGAUCCUGAUCAUUACACAAACUUUUUGAUUCCUAACUGGUUUGGAGAUGUUCCACACGAGGCUACAAAACAUAACCCUUUUCCCCUGCCCGAGGUUUACAUGACGUCUCAGCAGAAAAAUUAUCAAAGCGCUGAAGAGAUCAAGCAAGCUUUAAGGAAUUUGCGACUCGAGGAUAAUAAGAAACGGGAGUUAUCAAAUGCCUUGCAUCUAUACUUCAAGGAUUGGUUGUAUGCAUCCGGAAAUAUCCGCCAGCUUUACUGCCUACAAGGUGACUAACUUUUGCUAGGAUUACUGCAGUUGAAGAGGCUCUUCGGAGAGGUUGUAUAUUUGUCUUUGUUGUUCUCGAUGUCAGUUAUCUGUUGCGAACCCCGAUUUCUUUUUCCUCUAGAGUGUUGAAGCAAACUGUACCAAUUUUGUGUUAUAUCUUUUUCCUCUCGAGUGUUAAAGAAAACAGUACCAAUCUUGUGUUACGUGCAGUACUGUACAUAUGUGUUUGUUCAGGAUCUUUAUUAGUUGCAAUCGGAAAUAAAUGUCCUUGAUUGACUAAAAUGUAUCCCAUUUUGCUGAGUAAAUUGACUAGCUUGCCAAGCUUUUUUAUUUGUUGGCACGAAUAAUCACCUAUUUAAA